UUAAAAAAACAAAAAUGGAUAUCCUCUUACCAAUGUCUGCACUGAUUUUCUUCUUAUUCCUCUUCCCAAUAUCCAAGCGCCUACUCCAGAACCGCAAGAAUCUUCCACCAUCACCUUCGUUCCUUACCUUACUCGGCCAUCUACAUCUCAUCAAAAAACCUCUCCACCGCUCUCUCACCACUCUCUCCAACCGCUAUGGACCCAUACUCUCACUCCGUUUCGGCUCCCGCACUGUCCUCCUCAUCUCCUCCCCGUCUUUCGCCGAGGACUGCUUCUCCAAUAACGACAUCAUCUUCGCCAAUCGCCCUCACCUUCUCUCCGCCAAGCACUUUGGCUACCACUACUCUACCCUCAUGUCGGCCUCGUAUGGGCCCCUCUGGCGCAAGCUCCGCCGCAUUGCCACCGUUGAGAUCCUCUCGUUGAACCGCAUCCAGAUGUUCUCCGCCGUCCGAAUCCAGGAGGUCCGGUCCCUGGUGAAAGACCUGUUUCGGGAUUCGGAAUCGGGAAAAUCGGUGGUGGAAUUGAAGUCGAGGUUCUCGGAGCUGACUUUCAAUGUAAUGAUGGGGAUGAUAGCUGGGAAGCGGCAUUAUGUAGGGCAUGCGGUGGCUUUGGAAGAUGCGAGGCAGUUUCGAGAAAUCUUAAGUGAGUCAUCAACGUUGAUCGGAGAAUCGAAUUUCGGGGAUUUCGUGCCGUUUUUGGGUUGGAUGGAUUUUGGAGGGGUGGAGAAGAGGAUGGUGAGAUUGGCAAGGCGGAAUGAUGAGUUCUUGCAGGUUCUGGUUGACGAGCAUAGGAGGAAGAAGAAGGUCGAUUUCUCUUCCUCAAUGGAAGUAGAAGUUCAGGAGGAGGAGGAGGAGAAGACUUUCAUAGAUGUUCUGCUGUCGUUGCAAGAAACAGAGCCUGAAUUCUACACUGAUCAGAUCAUCAAAGGGAUGCUAUCGGCACUACUAGCUGCUGGAACGGACACGUCAGCUCUGACCACGGAAUGGGCCAUGUCGCUGCUACUGAACCAUCCAGAUGUACUGGAAAAAGCUAAAGAUGAGCUGGACAUGCAUGUAGGACCUCGUUUGUUAGAUGAAUCGGAUCUCUCCAAGCUUCCAUACCUCCAUUGCAUCAUCAACGAGACUCUUCGAUUGUAUCCGGUGGCCCCACUUCUACUGCCUCAUGAGUCAUCUGAAGAGUCUAUUGUUGGAGGUUUCAACGUUGCACGUGGCACAAUGCUAUUGGUCAAUGUGUGGGCUAUUCAUAGAGAUCCCAAGCUAUGGGUGGACCCCACCGAUUUCAAGCCAGAGCGGUUUCAAGGCCCAGAAGAGACAAAGGAAGGCUUGAAGUUGAUCCCAUUUGGGCACGGAAGGCGGGCGUGUCCAGGUGCGAGCCUGGCUGUACGGAUGGUUAGCCUGGCGUUAGGGACCUUGAUCCAAUGCUUUGAGUGGGAACGGUUAGGAGAAGAGAAGGUGGACAUGACUGAAGGGAUUGGGCUCACCAUGCAUAAGGCCGAACCUUUGAAGGUAGUGAAUAAGCCACGCCAUACCAUGCUCAACGUACUUUCUCAGCUCUGAAUAUCAUGGCAUAUGUCAUGCCAUG